AUGAAAGUCCCCUCCACUACAUCCUAUGAAGCUCGAACCGCCAGCUGGGGCUAUCGAGUUGGCCCAUUUACGGAAGCCUUCAGAGGCCUCAAGCUCCUUCUCGACGAGGAACAGGAGACAAUGUACCCGCCGUCCCUCUGCUCGAAGAAGUUGCUCGCCAUUCUUGACAAGGAUGCCGUCCAGGUGACAGCGGACUACUUGAGACACCUUAUCAAAUACGCUCAGGGCGUCCUGGAGCGGCGUCUGGGGAUAGCUGCGAGUGCUAUGAAUCUUCAGUUCAUUCUCACUGUGCCAGCUGUUUGGUCGGACAAGGCUAAAGAUUGCACCUUACGAGCCGCCCUGAAGGCAGGAAUCGCCCCUCAAGACAUCUCUCUCGUGUCCGAACCUGAGGCUGCUGCCCUUUACUCCCUUCGCGCCAUCCAAUCUAAUUCGAUUGCUAAAAACGAUGUGUUCGUUGUUUGCGAUGCUGGCGGUGGCACAGUGGAUCUUAUUUCAUACCAGAUUCAAGGUUUGGAGCCACUUGUCAUGAGGGAGGUUGUGAAGGGAGCAGGUCGUAUCUGCGGGUCGAUGUUAUUGGAUGAAAGCUUCCAGAAGAUGCUUGAGGAAAGAAUGGGGCCUAAAGGCUACGCUGCACUAUCCGAUAAAGCAAAAGAAGCUGCAUUACACUAUUGCCAAGAUCGAGUCAAGCCUAACUUCGCAGGGCAAUACGACGAGGACUUCGCAGAUGUUGACUAUUUUAUUCCAGUUCCAGGAUCGCUUGACGAUCACCUAGCAUCAAUCGAAGAUGGGUUUCUUUAUCUCACCAGUGAGGACGUAACAAGCAUUUUUGACCCCAUCGUUAAAGAGGUGGAAUCCCUCGUUGCAGAGCAAAUAGAGGGCAUUAAAGAGAAGAAACUCCACCCAAAGGCAAUUAUCCUUGUCGGGGGUUUUGGUGCCUCUAUGUUCCUUUUCCACCGCUUGCAGGAAGCAAGCCCUAGUGUGCUUGUAAUGCAGCCACCUGACGCCGGUGCUGUACAUCGAGGAUUCGACGGCAAUCAGGUAGAAAACCGCAUUGCCUGCCGCCACUACGGCAUCGAGAUUAGUAUUCCUUAUGUCGAGGGCCAAGACAAUCCUGACCGCAAAGUGUGGUGCCCUUUGGAAGAGCAAUAUAACAUCCAUGAUAGUAUGCGAUGGUAUAUUAAGAAGUUCUCGGUUAUCUCGGAAAAUUCACCGAUCAGAAUGCCAUUCUACAAUUCAAGGAAUAUAGGGGAUGGGCUGUGUUUUGAGGUGAAGCUAUUGUUCUGUAAUGAUGACACUGCACCGGACUUCAAGAACAAUCACACAGACACGAUGCGGCUAUGCACCCUAAAAGCAGACCUCAGCACAAUUCCUCGAGAGCUCUUUACUCAGAAGUGCAAUUCCAAGGGCGUCAAGUACUACCACAUUGAUUACAAAUUAGUCAUGAUUCCUACCUCCGCUUCCCUGCUGUUCGAGCUGGAAUUCAACGGAGUGCGCUACGGCAGUGUUCGCUCAAAAUACUGA